CGAGCGAGUGGGCGGGGCCUCGCCGGGCAGUGGGCGUGGCUUGGCGGCUCCCUCGGCGUCCCCGGCGAAGGAUGCGGCGGCGUUUCCCGCGGGCGGGGCUGGCGCUGCUCCUGCUGCUGGAAAUCGGGGUGCGCGCGCUGCUCCUGGGGCUCUUCCUGUUCACAGAACUGCUGCCUCCAUUCCAGCGCGUCAUCCAGCCUGAAGAAAUGUGGCUGUAUAAAAACCCCUACAUUGAGUCUGACCAUGUGCCUGCCAAGCCCAUGUUUUUCAUUUCCUUUUUGUCUCCCCUGGUCUUGAUUCUUCUGGCCAAAUUUUUCCUGAAUGCAGACCAAGAAGAUACACGAGAAGCAUGCUUAGGUGCUAGCCUGGCUCUUGCCCUGAAUGGUGUUUUCACCAAUGCUGUGAAGCUGGCCGUGGGAAGGCCACGGCCAGAUUUCUUUUACCGCUGCUUUCCAGAUGGCCGGGAAACCCUUCAGUUACUAUGCACAGGUGAUGCAGACGUGGUGACUGAAGGGCGCAAGAGUUUCCCCAGCGGACAUUCGUCAUUUGCCUUUGCUGGCUUGGCCUUUGGAUCCUUCUACAUUGCCGGGAAGCUGCGCUGCUUUGCCCCUGGCGGACGGGGGCAGUCCUGGCGCCUCUGUGCCUUCCUCGCACCCCUCUUUGUCGCCAUGCUCAUUGCUUUGUCCCGCACCUGUGAUUACAAGCACCAUUGGCAAGCAGAUCGAUGGCCAUGCCUCUCCCUCCCUCUCUCUUCCGCUCUGAUUGGCUGAGAGGCAUGCCAACAUGGCUUCUCCAAUCAGAGGGGCUACAGCUACAUCCGAAGACAUCAGAAACAAACGAAAAAAGGUACUUUUAAAAUUCAAAUUCAUAAUAUUUGUAAGGCAGUGAGCAGAUGUUUCAAAUAUCAAUUCAAAAGUACUUUCGAAACGAAUUUUUAACUAAUUUAACGAACUAACGAAAAAUUUGCUCAAGCCUACUGCUUUACUGCUGUAAUAAAAUGGUUCAGAUCCUUGCUGUUACUUAGCAAAAAGCCUUUAAUAAACUCUUAGAAGCAACCUAAGGAAGGAGUGAGGGAAGGAGGAGAGGAGCUGGCAGGAAAUUCCUUCUUGCAUGUUUCUGAAAAAGCCUAAAUUGGUCCAAAUAUGUUGGAAAUACUCCCCACACCACUGGGGAAAAAGACAUUAUCCUUGGCGGUCUAGAGAACUUCCAAAUGUAUCAGAAAGACUCUCCAUAUCCCUUAGAGGACACUUUAAGUAAAAACCAUUGUGCUCUAGUGUCAGGCUCACUUCAAAGGACCAGUCUGAACGCAGAUCAAAGAUAGCUGCUCUCAAAUCCAAUCUUUAUUGAAGAAUACAUGACUUUGGAAAAGUCGAGAAUGACCUAAUGUUUACAUACAUCCAUUUUUAUCACCUCUGAUGCAACGUAACACCACACGCAAAUAUCAUCAUCAAACCCCACCCUCUGGAUCACAUUACUACUAUUCCCACACACUAUACCAAUUAUAAUUGUUUAUACUUUCAACCCUGAGUUCCCAGGCUCAUACUAUCUUCUCCCGCCAGGUGCUUUCAGGGUUAUUUAUGUUAUGACGCCAGGUCCAGGGCUCGGAAAUUCAGCCCUGGGAUCUGGCUCCAUGACAUGGCGCCCUCGUUUUCUUCAUCCUCCUCUUCGGUUCUUCUUUCAUCACAAUCCUGAAAUAAAUCAAACAAUAACUCUAUGUGUCCAUUUUGUCCAAAGUCCCCAUAUACUUUUUCAGUAAGUUGCGAUGGAAUACUGGGUGUAUUUUCCCUAAACUCUUUGGCAAUGCCAACUGGAAAGUUACUUCAUUGAUAACACCCUGUAUUCUGAAUGGUCCAAUAUAUUUGGGGCCCAAUUUUCUCGAAGGUAGCCCCAAUUUGAUGUUUUGGGUACUUAACCACACUAGAUCUCCUUUCCCUAAUUUAUCGCCUUCCACUCUUUUUCUGUCUGCGAACGUUUUAUACUUUUUAUGUGCCUCCUUUAAGGAUGCAGUCACUUGACUCCAGCAUUCUAGCAUUUGAGCUUUCCAUUUCCCUGCCCCUGUUUCUUCAUCCUCUGUCCAUCUUGGCAACUGGGGCAAAGGCUGUAUUUCAUACCCGUAAACUACUUCAAAGGGAGUUUUAUUUGUUGCUGAAUGUAUAGUCGAAUUAAAAGCUAGUUCCGCAAAAGCCAGCCACCUAGACCAGUCAUUUUGUCUCAUGUUAGAGUACAUUCGAAGGAACUGCCCCAGUGUCUGUUGAGUACGUUCUACUGCCCCGUUUGUCAUGGGGUGAAAAGCAGAACUUAGACUCCUUUCUGCUCCUAGCAUUUCCAAGAAUUUUUCCCAAAAUUUUGCUGUGAAUUGAACUCCUCUGUCACUGACCACUCUACUGGGACAUCCAUGAAGUUUGUAAAUAUGGUUUAUGUAUAAUUCAGCUAGUUUCUCUGCCGAUGGUAAUUUCGUCAGUGCUAUAAAGUGGGCCUGUUUAGAAAACAGGUCUAAUACUGUCCAAAUAUAACGAUGUCCUUUGCUAACCGGCAGUUCCCCCACAAAAUCCAUAGCUACACAUUCCCAAGGUCUGGUAGGUUCCGCUACUGUUUGUAAUAAUCCCAUUGGCUUCCCUCCUCUCGAUUUAUUUCUGGCACAAUCGUCACAUUGAACAACAUGAUUCUUUAUGUCCUUCCUCAUUCCUGGCCACCAACAAUGUUUUGCUAUUGCCUUUGUUGUUUUUGUAAUUCCUGUAUGACCAGCGCUCUGGUUAUUGUGAAAACGAUGCAAAAUCUUAAUCCUUAAUAUUGCUGGGAUAUACAGUUUCUUGUUCACAAACCAAAAUCCCCCCUUCUGCUCCCCCUUUUCUGCGUUGGAUGCGAUCCACUGAUCUCCUUCAUAAGACUGUUUCAGUUCUUUUCCCCAACUAUUUUCCCCGUCGAUUUCAACAAUAGCAGUGUUCUCUUUUUGGGUUUGCGCUCUUGUCCUGACAACUAAGCCCCAUUGUUUAUCAGAGAAUAUUGUUCCCUCUUUGGCUGUGGUUACGCCUUCGUGUUGAGGCAUGCGUGAAAGAGCAUCUGCCAAGACAUUCUGCUUCCCUUGGAAAAAUUUUAAUUGGAAAUCGAACCUGCUGAAGUAUUGUGCCCAUCUAAUUUGUUUGGGGGACAAUUUCCGAGGCGAUUUUAAAUACUGGAGGUUCUUAUGGUCAGACCAAAUUUCAAAUGGGAUUCCGCUUCCUUCGAGGAAGUGUCGCCAGCAUUCUAAGGCUUUUAAUAUGGCUAAUGCCUCCUUUUCCCAUAUGGGCCAACAUUUUUCAGUUUCACUGAACUUCCGGGACAAAUAUCCACAAGGUUUUAAGUUCCCAUUUUGAUCCUUUUGCAAUAGUACUGCCCCGUAUGCACAGUCUGAAGCAUCGCAAUGAAUUAUGAAAGGGCUCCUUAUAUCGGGGUGUUUUAGGAUGGGUUCUUUUGUGAAGCAUCCUUUUAGGGUUUCAAAUGCCUUUUGGCAUUCUGGCGUCCAACUCAGUUUGGCGCCAGGAGCUUUCACUUUUGCUGUCUCCCCUUUCCCUUUUGUUUUUAAAAGUUCAGUAAGGGGUGCGGUUAUUUGCGCGAAGCCUUUUAUGAAGGAUCUAUAAAAAUUUGCAAACCCCAGAAAUGAUUGCAAUUGCCUCCUAGUUUGAGGUACUCCCCAUUCUUUUACGUCUGAUACUUUAGACGGAUCCAUAGCUAACCCUUCUGGAGAUAUCCGAUACCCCAGAAAGUCAAUUUGAGUUUUAUUAAAUUCACAUUUGGACAGUUUUGCGUACAGCUUUGCUUCCCUUAGUCUCUGCAAAACUUCCCGGACCAAUUCCACGUGCUUUUCUUUAUCUUCGCUCACGAUCAAGAUAUCAUCAAGGAAUAUGAAUACCCCUCGGUACAACAAUGGGUGUAGUAUUUCAUUUAUAAGCUGCAUAAAGCAACCGCCGCCAUUUUUUAAUCCAAAUGGCAAAAUUUUAUAUUCAAAAUGGCCGAAUGCGCAGGAAAAUGCAGUUUUCCAAGUAUCCUCAGGUUUGAUUCUUAAUUUAUGAUAUGCUUCAAUUAAAUCAAGUUUAGUAAAUAUGCUCCCUUUCUUCAAUACGGUGAUUAAAUCCUUUACUAAGGGCAUAGGGUAUUUAUUGUCCUUAGUAAUUGCAUUUAAAUUUCGAUAAUCAAUGCACAAUCUUAGGGAGUUGUCUUUCUUUCUCCUAAAUAACACUGGGGCUCCGAGAGGAGAAUUGGAUGGCUUAAUGAAGCCUCGCGCCAGGUUCUUAUCGAUGUAUUUCCUCAAUUCCUCCUUCUCCUGAACAGACAUGGGAUACACUUUUGGUUUUGGUAAGUUUGCUCCUGGGGUUAUUUCAAUUUCUACUUCUAUAUUCCUCUUGGGAGGUAAUUUACUUGCCUCUUUCUGAUUGAAAACAUCCACAAAGUCUCUGUAUUCAGGUGGCAAUAGCUGUGGGUCUAUUUCACCUGCUUCAUCUCCCUCGUCCUCCUCUCCUGCAAUUUUGCUUAUCUCCCAUUGCGUCUGUUGUUCUUUAAAUGCUAGGCUCUUUCCUCUCCAAUCUACUUCAGGAUUUGCCUGUUCGAGCCACGGUAUCCCUAAUAUUACGUGGUAUGUGGCGAUAGGGGCUAUCACAAAGGAUAUUCUUCCUUCCCAUUUGCCUAUUUUACAUGGGACCCCCCGUAUUUCCUUUGUAGAUACUUCCCCAGCCGCAACUGAUCCAUCUAGCUGCGAAAAUGCAAUUGGGGAGUCAAGCAACAUCUGCUGGCAUUUCAGCGCUCCUGCUAGUUCCGGAGUUAUAAUGUUCCUAGAACAACCACAAUCCACGAAUGCCCUGCAGGUGGCCCGGUUCUCUAGCCCCGAUAGGCAAAUUGGCACUACUAGCAUGCGUUUGUCUCGGCUCACCAGCCUUUCCGAAGAUUUUGGGGCUUGCACCUCCUCCUCCGCACGCCUCCCGGUUGCUGGCUUGGGCUUUGAGGGUUUUGGCGGCUCCCCCUUCCGGGCCCAACAUUCUGCUGCUCGAUGGCCCGUCUUCCCACAUACAAAGCAUCCCGGUUUGGGUUUGUUGUCAUCUCCUCUGAAGGGGAUCCCCGGCCUCCCUCCGGGCUUUUCUUGCUUCCUCAUUUCUCCUCGACCUCUCGCCACCGGUCUUUGCUGGCCGCCGCUGCCCCUGAAGCGCUUUACAUGGGCCUGGGUGGAUUCAACGCGCCCCGCUAGUUGGAUCCAGCCCUGGAGUGUUUCGGGGUCAUCUCUGUGCGCUGCCCAGCUAAAAACCUCGGGGCGUAGUCCCUCUUUAAAUAUCUCCACUUUGGUCACUUCAGACCACUCUGGUACCCUUUCCGCGAGGUGGAGGAAUUCCUCUGCGUACUCGGGCACCGUUUUGUCCCUCUGCUUUAUUCCUUUAAGCUGGUCUCGAGCCCUCAGUUGCUCUAGCCGGUCUCUGAACCGGUUUUCUAGUGCAGCGAGGAAGCGGGGCACUGACCUCAGGCAUGGGUCGCGUCUGGCAUGUAGUUGUACAUACCAGCUGGCAGCUCCUCUCUUUAGUGUGUUGCCGAUGGCUCGAACCAUGCUUGCUUCGGAGGGGAAUGUGUGUGCAUUAUCUUCCAUGUAUCCUCUGAUGCUAAUGAGAAAAAAGUUCAAUUCAGAUGAUUCCCCUCCGUAUUCUAGUUUGAGAUCUUCCCUCCUUUGCAUCCACUCUGCGGCCCGUUGAUGCUGUCUGGGGGGCAUGGGGAAGGGUUGCAUCGGGUUUCCUUGGGCGGCCCCUUUGAACACGCCGCGCCCCACUCCGGUAGUCGUUCUGCGCGGCUCCCGACAUUCUGCCGCUGCUGUCGGCCCUUCCACCCAUCCGAAUGCGGGCCUCGCUGUAGUCCCCGCACCUCGCCUUUCCUCGUCGUACGGCACAUCCUCCUCCUCUUCCUGGAUCUCCGGCUCCUCUCCGCCUUCGUCUGCUAAUCCACUGGACCCGAUCCCUGGCCCCAGUGGCCUUUCCACCCCGACACCCAUUCGGGGGGUUGGAAGUUCUGUUGGAGUUGGCGGCCUCAGAGUUCCCAGAGCUCGCUGGCGCUCCAUUUCGCGGGCCAUUCUGUCUCGGAACUCCAGCUCCCGCCAGUAUUCCUCAUCUCCCUCGUCCCUCGCCGCCACGGGACUCUGCGUUGAUGCGCGCUGGCCCCUCUGGCUCCAAUCUCCUUCUUUACUUGGCUCUCUCUCGGCGCCAUAUCGGAUGGGCUCUUUUUGGAGAUUCUCUUCCAAUAGUGGGACCAACCUCCCCACGGUUUCCGACAGCCUGGAUAAAUUAGUUUCCAGGAUGGAUAACCGCAGGGCUACGGUCUCUGGCAUGCUUCCUCCAGAUCCCCAACUGGUUUCUGCAGCCGCAGAGACGCCUCUUCCUCCUCUGGGAAUCCUCUGAGUCAUGCCGUUCGGCCUGGGGUACCCCGUAGAGGAAGCUACGGCUUGCAACGUCUCUUCUCCCAACGGCCGGGCCCCUGCUCCAUUUGGGCUUUGAUCUCCUUCUCCACUCAUUAUCACUUCACUGCGAAUCCGCAGGAGGGUGAGAACGGGAUUCUCGACUUAAAUGUCAGGCUCACUUCAAAGGACCAGUCUGAACGCAGAUCAAAGAUAGCUGCUCUCAAAUCCAAUCUUUAUUGAAGAAUACAUGACUUUGGAAAAGUCGAGAAUGACCUAAUGUUUACAUACAUCCAUUUUUAUCACCUCUGAUGCAACGUAACACCACACGCAAAUAUCAUCAUCAAACCCCACCCUCUGGAUCACAUUACUACUAUUCCCACACACUAUACCAAUUAUAAUUGUUUAUACUUUCAACCCUGAGUUCCCAGGCUCAUACUAUCUUCUCCCGCCAGGUGCUUUCAGGGUUAUUUAUGUUAUGACGCCAGGUCCAGGGCUCGGAAAUUCAGCCCUGGGAUCUGGCUCCAUGACACUCUAGAUUUGCCGCAAAGGAUUGCAUUCAAUUAACAAGAUAGCCUGAUGCAGUGUAAGAAAGGUGACUCCUAAUUUUGUUGAUUCCAGGUUCUGUUGGUUCCAGCUAGCGUAAUUUGUUUUCAGGGAUGAUGGGAGCUGUAACCCUACAAAAUCUAGCAGGGUGCAUGUUCCCCGCUACCCAGAUGAACACUACUUUAAAUAAACAUGUUAUAUGAUGUUACUUGGCAGCCAUAAAUGAAAUUCUCUUUGCGUUCUCCA